CAUUAAUGCCCAAGAACUUUCCAGGCUUGACCCACUAAUGACUAAACCACGUCAUCGCCACUAUCAUUCAAUAUUUCUAUGUUCAUCGUAUGAUCGAAGCCUCAGUUUCGCAAUGCCUCGUAAGCGCUUUCAGGAGCCGCAACCCAAAACAGGUCUACAACAUACCCAGGAUUUCCUGAGGAAAAUAGGGUUGGGGAAGGAGAACUACUACUUCUGGAAGCAGAUUGGAAAGGCUUUGCUUUGCACCUAUGCAGUGAUCGGGGCAGUGUGGGUGUACAACGAGACCUCACCACUGGGUUGGUGGACACUGAAGCCAAAGCCAAAGGAAGAGCUUGAGCUGGCUCAUUUGUACGAGCGGCGGCAGUUUCCUUACCCGGGCGAUGAAGAGGCAAUGCAAGAGUUCAUUGCCAGAGGUGGAAUGAUUGGAACAACCAUUGGUCCCAAAGGGAUGGUUGAGGGUGAUAAGGAUGAGAGUGACUACAAGAAGGAGCUGAAGGACAAGAAGUUUGGGCAAGAGGCUCAGAAACUGUGGAUGAGGAUGAGGAGUGAGGUCAUUGCUGAGCUUCAGGAGAAGGGCUUUGAUGUGGAAUGAAUGAGUGCAAUGAGUGCUCAAAACUAUUGGUGGUAGUAAAUAUUGAGUUUGAAUUUUUUUUUUCUGUGUUUGGAUAUUCUAAUUUCAAUAAAUCAUGGGAGAGGGAAAAGACUCAUCAGUCUGUUACUCUUUGUUGAUGGGUAUGUAUAUGUGACUUUGAGUAUUUGCCCCAGCAAUUUCACUUGGUGCUUUGGGCUAGUCUGUGCUUUCUUAUUUUCA